AUGUGGCUGCCGCAACGGCAGCAACUUGUCUUGCUAUCUUUUCAAUUACUGCAGGAAAUCGUGAAUUACGCCGGACAAGACAGCAACAUCACCAGCAACACAGCAGCGGCGGCAAACAAGCUAAACAAGUAUUGCCGCUGUGCCGAGAAGCAGCAGCAGCAACAACAACAGCAACAGCAGCAGCAGCAACAACAACAGCAGCAGCAACAACAACAGCAACGACGGCAGCAACAUCAGCAGAUAAAAGGCAGACAAAAGGCACGAGAUGUGAGAGACGUCUAGGGUUGCUGCUGCCCCUGCUGCAUGGGAAUUGAAUUCCAUUCAAAAGACGGCAGCAGGCUGUUUGUCAUACUUGCAACAGCCACAGCAGCAGCAGCAGCAGCUACAUACAUUGCCAAGAAGCUGAAGCUGAAGCUGUAGCAGAACCCCAGUGAAAUGGCUUACAUGCAUUUCUCUGCCUUCUCUCUUCCAGCAGGCGUGUUGAGAUAGCAUCUUGCAUAAAAUUACUGCCAGUGGUAGGAGCAACAUCAGCAUCUCCACCAGCAGCAGGAGCAACAGCAGCAGCAGCAGCAGCAGCAGCAAAAGCAGCAGCCACCAGCGACGUGGUUGCCUGAUGCUAUGCCACUGAUAGCCUCGAAAUUGUUGGCAGUUGCAAUUUGCUGUUUGGAAUUUUAAGCGAGCCAACAACAAUGAAGUUCAAACCGAAGCGAAGGAAACAAAAAACGAGCGAGGAGAUAAAAAAAAAAAAAAAAAAAAAACAGAGAACCCGUAGGAAGAAAGCCAGAGGAGACCGACAGCAACAUCAUUCUCAUGCUCAUCAGCAGCAAAAAGUUUAACCCGUCGCUGGUAUCGAUUUUUGAUUGCCUUUAAAAGAUUCGAUUUUCUGGACAAAGGAAGUUGGUAUUGUUGCCAGCGAAAUUGCUUUUACUCAUAGUUUUUGGCGCAGAAACAUGAAAUGUUUACAUAAUGCUCAUAACUUUGUUGGAAACUCAUUAAAACAAAUAGUUUCUAUGUUUAAGGGAAAGCAACUUAAAUGUUAAUUACAUAACAAAUACUAUAAAAGAACUCAUUAAUUUUCUUUAUGUUUUAUAUGUUUUGUAAAUAAAGAAAAAUUCAUAAUUUUAAAACUCCCCCUUUUCCAACCAUCUGCACUGAAAAUGGGUUAAGUUUUCGUCUCUGUUUUCAAAGUUGGAGCCUGAAUUGCUGAAUUCAAAACCUGCGAUUGCAAUAAAAGUCAGCAGGCAGUCACUGAUGUGCUCCUCCUGCUCCUUCCCACCACUCCACAUCCUCAUCCCCAUUCACAUCCACAUCCACAUCGAACUCCUGCUGGAACUGCAGCUCCUGCUCCUUCCACAUUUGAAUUUCAUUUCAGCUUUGCCUUUCGUUUUUAUUCAUUUUUUUUUUUUUUGUAUUUUUCAGCUCGCUUCCAUUCAAUUUCUGGUGCUGCCUUGCCGCCAUCUGAGCUUUGCAUAAGCCCGUAGUUCAUUUGGGAGAAACGAAACGAAGCUAAACAAAACAAAACAAACCAGAGGCGAGUGAAAAAAAAUCGAAAUAAGAUAUAGUCGGGCAGUGGCAGCAGCAGCCAGCACGAUUUAUGUUAAUCAGACAAGAAGGAAAGGGGGGAUUUUGGGGAGAAAAGUGAUGGGGAUGGGGAUUCAGCGCCAGCCAGUUGCAUUCAAUCAUCUUUUAUCUGGCAGGCAUCGUCGGAGUUUGUUGGGGAUUUGUGUGUUUUCUUUUCGGUAUUAUGUAUCGCUUAGUUGCAUUUGGCGCACUUUCGGAUUUUCCCUCUUUCUCCCAUUGCCAAGUCAAAGUUUGAUUCGUGUUUUUGUAUUUCACCGCAGCACCGGAGACUUCAAUUUGAUGUGCCGCUAUCGAUUUGAUUUGAUUUCAAUUUGCCAAAUGCUCUGGCCAUUUAUCUCAAUGACUCACUCGUUGUCCCUUCUUUUCCGAUUUGCUCAUUCAAGGUGAAAGUCGCAUUCAAAAGGAAUGUAAAAGCCAUUCAAUGUGGGAUUUUAUACAAGCAUUUGCUGAUUUAUAAAUCACAAAUAAUUUUAACAAUGUACCAAUUUAAAUGGAAAACACAAUUAUGUUUCCAUCAAACAUUAAUUAUACUUACACACAACUUAUUGAAAAUGUAAACCAAGCCAGUGUAAUUGAAUACCA